AUGCUAAUCAUAACGAACUGGCUGAUGCUAAACUUUAUUCUAACAAAGCAGCAAUCUCGACUACAUCAAAAAAUACACGAUUAUCUUACUGUAUGCUCCAUUGUUUCCUCUGCAAAGAUACGAAUAUCAGCUGCUACAGCUCAGUCAAAGAUUCACGAUCAAUAUGUUGUAUCUCGAUAUCCUGGGUCUAUCUCUGGAGCUUCUGCAAUCCGAGACAAUAACCUAACGCUACCGCCAAUCACAAAGGUACAGCACAGCCGGUAA